AUGCCAAAAGUUUCCUGGGAUGACAUUGGCGGAAAGGAACAUGUGAAGCAGCUUUUAAAGGAGGCCGUGGAAUGGCCAAUGAAGUUUCCCGAGCGAUUCACUCGAUUUAACCUUCGACCGCCUAAAGGCAUUUUACUGUAUGGCCCGCCUGGGAAUAGCAAAACCCUCCUUGCAAAGGCACUUGCCACUGAAUGUAAAUUCAAUUUUAUUGCAAUCAAAGGCCCCCAGUUAUUGAACAAAUGGGUUGGAGAGUCUGAAAAGGCCCUGAAGCGAGUUUUUAAAAUCGCAAGGGAACAUGCACCGACAAUUUUAUUUUUCGAUGAAAUCGACGCGAUUGGCGGAAGAAGGGGAGUUGAUGGCUCUUCCUCGUCAUCCGGUACCGGGGAUAGGCUGUUGACUCAACUGCUGAUUGAGCUUGAUGGAUUUGAUCCGCUGUUGAACGUGGUCUUUGUGGCUGCCACGAAUCGGCCAGAUAUUUUGGAUCCUGCUCUUGUUCGUCCUGGAAGAAUCGAUAGGCAUAUAUUUGUGGAUCUGCCUGAUUUUGAGGAGCGGGUUCUAAUUCUCCAAAUACAAGCCAAAAGAAUGCCUUUUGAGGAUGAAAAAAUAUGCACCGAGCUUGCAGACGCUACUGACGGGUAUUCUGCAGCUGAGCUGGUUGCGCUUUGCCAACGCGCCGGGAUCGUUGGCUUGGAGAGCGAUAUUUUCUGCAAAAAGGUGCAAUUUUUGGUCUUUAUUUGUUCAGAUAACCCGAGAGCAUUUUGCCUGUGCGCUUAA